CUUUCUGUCUCGUGGGCUGUGCCACCAUGCUUGAACUACACACACUCUGAGCCACAAGGUAGUAAGUGACAGUUCUUUUAGAAAUAAAGGGUCGGCACGAGGUUGGAUUUGAGUCUUUAACCUGUGUAAUUGUGGUACAUAAGCUUUCUAACGUGAAAGAAGACAACAGGAUAAUCUUGGACAUAGGAUUAAGAAACUUGUAGGCACAUGGGGACAGCAUUAGAAGACAUGGAGGAUACGAAGCCUCAAUACACAUACCAACUGGAACGCAAGUUUCAGCAGAAGAAGGGACCAGUAGAGAUCAUUAGGACCAAACUGCUCCAUCACCUGUCUUGUUCUCUGCCCAAAGUGAAAAGAACAUUAAUAGACUUCUUCCCUGUCGUGCAUUGGCUGCCAAAAUACAAGAUAAAGGAAUAUGUGUGCGGUGAUGUGAUGUCUGGGCUCAUAGUCGGGAUUAUUUUAGUGCCUCAGGCCAUCGCUUACUGCUUACUUGCAGGCUUGGAACCAAUUUAUGGGUUGUACACAUCCUUUUUUGCCAAUAUCAUCUACUUCUUCUUGGGAACAUCCAGGCAUGUAUCUGUGGGUAUCUUCAGCCUCAUGAGUUUAAUGGUAGGACAGAUUGUGGACAGAGAGGUCUAUUUAGCAGGGUUUGAUGUGAAUGAGGACAGUAAGCAAAGCUCCUUGGAUGUUGGAUGGAACAGCACUGAAGGCAACCAGGAUACUGUAGUCAACUUCACCAUGGAGGCUUUCAGCAUGGAGUGUGGAAAGGAAUGCUAUGCGAUCAGUAUUGCAACAGUUGUAACAUUUCUUGCUGGGAUUUAUCAGGUCCUGAUGGCUGUGUUCAGACUUGGGUUUGUUUCAGUUUAUCUCUCCGCUCCAAUGUUGGAUGGCUUCGCCACUGGUGCCUCAUGCACCAUCCUGACAGUCCAGGUGAAGUAUUUGGCGGGUCUGAAAAUCCCUCGUCACCAGGGUUACGGAACAGUUGUUGUGACUUGGAUCAACAUUUUCAAGAACAUACAUAAGAUCAACCUUUGCGAUAUGAUUACAAGUGCAAUUUGUAUCGCUGUCCUACUAGUGGGUAAAGAGCUCCAGGACCGGUACAAGGACAAUUUGAAGAUACCUCUGCCUACAGAGUUGGUAGUAGUGGCCUUAGCAACAGUGGUAUCCCACUUUGCUGAUUUGAAUGGUCAGUACAACUCAAGCAUCUCAGGUGCCAUUCCAACUGGUUUCAUUCCCCCACAGGUUCCAAACUUUGAACUAAUCCCAAGGGUUGCAAUUGAUGCCAUCCCAUUAGCAGUGAUCAGUUUUGCCUUUACUGUUUCCUUGUCAGAGAUGUUUGCAAAAAAGAAUGGCUACACGGUCAGACCAAACCAGGAGAUGUUGGCAAUUGGAUUUUGUAACAUCAUCCCAUCAUUUUUUCACUGUUUCACCACAAGUGCUGCACUUGCCAAGACUAUGGUGAAAGACUCGACAGGUUGCCGUACACAACUUUCUAGCGUGGUGAGCUCUUUGGUCGUGCUUUUGGUCCUUUUGUUUUUAGCACCUUUCUUCUUUUCCCUGCAGAAGUGUGUCCUUGCCUGCAUUAUUAUUGUCAGUCUGAGGGGGGCCCUGCAUAAAUUCAGAGACUUACCCAAGCUUUGGCGCCUUAGCAAGAUUGAUGCAGCUGUCUGGAUGGUGACCAUGUGUUCAAGUGCUUUGAUCAGCGUAGAGAUCGGGCUCUUGAUUGGAGUAGUCUUCUCCAUGGCGUGUGUCUUGGCACAAACCCAACAUCCCAAAACUUCACUAAUGGGACAAAUCGAGAACACUACAUACUAUGAGGACAUGGACGACUAUGACAACCUUGAGAUCAUUCCAAAAGUAAAGAUUUUUCGCUUUCAGGCUCCACUUUACUAUGCAAACAAACACUUUUUCUUGAAGUCUUUAUUCAAAGCAGUUGGGCUUGAGCCAUUCCUUGAAAGAACAAAACAGAAAAAAAUAGAGAAAAAGGCUAAAAACAGAACUGCAAAGCAGAAUGAUAAAGAAAAUGAUGUUAAUUUUACCCUGGUAGCAAGCGAAGUGGAUUUCCACACCAUAAUCCUUGACUGUUCUUCCAUCCCUUUCAUUGACACCACAGGUAUUAGCACCUUGAAAGAACUGAUAAAAGAGUACAAAGAACUUGGUGUAAAUGUGAUAUUGGCAUGUUGCAACACAACGGUCAUAGAUUCGUUGAGACGAGGUUCUUUCUUUGGGCCUGAGGAUAAAGAAAUGGGAAGACGCUUAUUCCACAAUCUACAUAGUGCAGUUUCUUUUGCUACAAGUGACACUCCAGCAUCAGUUAAUAAUACACCUGUGUAAAGGAAAACCUGAUUUAAUGCUCACAUUUAACAAUAUAGACAUUAAAUACACACCAAUAGGUUACUAUGUUUUUAGGAAACAUUCAAAAUUAUAAAUAAUUAGCUAAUGCAAAAUGCAAUCUAACAGCAUUAAUACUUUAAUAAUAAUUUUUUAUUCUUGUACAAUACACAUUUUUUUCUUAUUUUCACUUACUGUAAGAAAUAAUCCUAUUGUUACUGUAAUGUACUUAUGCCACAUUCACAUAAUGUGAGAGAAUAUAGAAGUAGUAGUUAGCAUUAGCAAACAAUUGUGUUCAUUUUAAAUAGGUGCAUACAUUCCUACAUUUUAACUGACCAAAAGUUAUAUAAUUUAUAACAAGAUUAUAUAUUAAAUUAAAAUGCCUUAUGGAUGCGCAACUUUUAUGUUGUCUAUUGAAAAAUCAAAGCUCCCAAAGCAUCAAAUUGCUACUCGAUGAUUGUCACAAAUGUUCCUCAGUAGGAAAGUGGAAAUGACAGUUUUUCCCAUAUGAUGUGAAUACGGCACUAACCAGCUCUUAUAAAUGUGACUGAUGUAAACCAAUGUUUUUGUAUUAAUAAAUAUUAUUGAUUUUUCUUA